UCGCAGUUGAAUGUGGACGAAGCAGGGAAUCGUGUGUUUGUGUCGUAAUGACACAUCACUGAUAGGAUACAGACCCUCUUUUGGUGGGAGUCCUCUGCUCCUACAAAGAAAUUGCCAGUCUACCAUGACAAUUACCUCAGAGGGAUUGAGACAGGAUGUCAGAUGCUGAUGAGAGCAAGCCAACUACUGCAGAGCAGGUUUCGUCAACUACACACAGUGACAAAACACUAGAUAACAAGGACACUGCACACCUGACCUCAGAGGAAAGUGUAGUUAAAAGUGACCAUAAAACAUGUGAUUCUCAAGCAAAUGAAAAUGGAACAGAACAGAAGGAAGGGAAUCAACCAGACUUCUCAGAGUCACAUGACUAUGAACUGAUCAAUGGGCACUAUUAUUACACAGACAGUUCAUCAGGGCAGAGGUACAUGUAUGAUGCAAAUAAGGGUGAGUGGGUUGCAGUGGAUGCCUCUGAAGAGAAACAAGACCAGCAGGUUACUGUGGAUGAUGAAGGAAGAACGUACUAUUAUGCAGAUGAUAUGCAUCUUUGUAGAGACCCACACGGCAAUGUAUUUUACUGGGAGGAAAAUGAAUGGAAACCAUGGACACAGAAGGCCCCUGCAAAAUCUGAUUCAGCCAGUGAAAAGAAGGACUCAAAGUGGUACUUUUAUCAGGGGGAUGAUACCUUUUACAGAGAUAACACGUCAGAUGUUGUGUACAAGUUGAACAAGGAGACCAAUGAGUGGCAAGUACAUGAGGGGAAACUCAAGAAGAAGAGGCCGCGCAUUGACGAGGAAGAGGAGUUUGACACCGAGUCGGAAGAUUCUGACGAAGAGGAAGGGGAUGGCACGGCUCCUCCAGGGGUGAAGAAUGAUCCCAACAUUGAAUAUGAUGGAGUAACCUACACCAAGCGUGACCCGAGCGACAACAUGGUGUAUGAGUGGGAUGUGAACAGACGAGCAUGGUUCCCAAAGUUAGAUGAAGACUUCAUGGCCACGUAUCAGCUGUCUUACGGGUUUAAUCCUGACGGCACCAAGAAUGAGAAUCCGUUGAAGUUUGAUGAUGAAGAAGAGAAGGAGGCUGCAAGAUUAGCAGAGGAGGAAGAGAAGAGGAAGGCUGAAAAGAUGAAGGAAGGAAAGAAGAAACCUACCUGGUUUGAUAUUGAUGAUUCUCGCAACAACAAGGUGUAUGUGAGCAAUCUCCCAGAAUCGACAACAGAGGAAGAAUUUUUAGAACUGAUGCAGAAAUGUGGCAUGGUCCUGAAAGACGUUGUGUCAAACAAGUACAAGGUCAAGAUGUACAGAGAUGGAGAUGGAAACUUCAAAGGGGACGCUCUCUGUACCUAUAUUAAGAUAGAGUCAGUGGAUCUCGCACUACAAAUUCUUGAUGGAUAUCAGGUUGGAAAUAAGAUGAUCAGGGUGGAACGGGCAAAAUUCGAGCAGAAAGGUGAAUACAAUCCGAAACUAAGGCCACCCAAAAGGAAAAAAAAGGAUCUUGAAAAGAUUCAAAAACAACAGCAAAAGUUGUUUGACUGGAGACCAGAGCCUCUUCGCGGCCAAAGGCAGAAGCACGAAAACACAGUUAUAAUAAAGAACGUGUUUGACCCCAAGGAGUUUGAGACGGUGAUAGAGAAAAUGCUCACUCACAAGGAGGCAAUCCGCAACCAGUGUUUGAAUUUUGGUCACGUGAGGAAAAUAGAGCUGUAUGAUCUUCAUCCUGAUGGCGUUGUGCAAGUGGUAUUCCAAGAAGUGGAGGCAGCCGACAUGUGCGUAGCGACACUGAACAACCGUCUGUAUGAAGGGCGCACACUGCAGGUCUCAACGUGGGACGGCAGGACAAAAUUCAAAAUUGAAGAAACGGAAGAAGAGAAACAGAAGAGACUGCAGAAAUGGAACCAAUUCCUGGAAAGCGAAGAGCCUAAAAGCUAGGAGGCUCGGGAAGCAGAAGAGAGAAAAUGAGGGUAAUUCAGUGCCGAACGUCUCUGCCCUUAAUCACAGGCUGAGCCUUUUGUAGCUUCCGGUCCUUUUUUUCUUUUUCUUUCUUUUUUUUCUUUCAAUUACAUCUUGGAUAUUUA